AUGGACGAUAGCGAAAUGUCCGUCACGGAUCUUUGCGUAUCGCCGGAAUCGGUUGCCACAACAGUCGGUGGUGGUAGCGACGGCACUGUCGGCGGUGUUGGUGGUAUACAGAUCUGCCCUGCACUCACGCUAGGCAGCACACAGGCGUUACCGAUUGCCGCUAAACACAUUUAUUGUCGUUUAGCAGAUCACGCUGUUGAAAUAGACGAAGGCAUGCCGAAUAUAAUUCUAAGCCUGGUGUCGAACGGAAACCAACUGUCAGAGAAUUACUUAUCAAGAUUUCAAUCGACUUUAAGCGUGUUGGUUGCCGGUGGUGGUUUGUGGUUGGUGUCAUCUGGAGAAUAUCACGAUCCCUUAGCACGGACUGCCAGCACUACAUUGCGGGCGGUACUGCCACAGACAGAACGCAAUUUGGAGGUGUUGCACAUGGUGGUAAAUACAACAGCCGUAACAAUUCGAGAAGAAAGUCGUCCGAUGGUGGAUGCAGCUCUAAACACUCUACUCAUCCUUUCAAAAAAUAUUCGUACAACUUCAGAAGAAGCCGCAUUUAGAGCGAACGCUGUGGUUCGCCUUGCUCAUCCGCCUCCAGGGGAGUUUAGAAACAUCUCCUUUACUCUCGUCAAGAACACGUUUGUGGAACAGUUGUUACUAUUGCAGGACAGCUGUGAGCUGUGUGCCGUACUGUAUAACGCGUUUCUGCUUUAUCGCUCAGCACUGUUCGAGCAUUCAAAAUUCAUCAUUUGGCUUGAUGAACAAUUAGACACAGCAUGUAUCAAUGAUGUGAAUGCAGCUACGAAAUUGAUUGUGAAAAUAUUCGCCAUCGCUUUCGGCGAUAUUCAGCUUAUUGAAUUCCUGGACAACGACGAGGUAUCUUAUCACGAAUUAGUCACAGUAGUUGAUAUGCAGGCCUUCGAUUUGAACACUUUAGUGGCUCUACUACUGAAACGGGUUCAAACGUCUGUUAGUAUUUUUCAGCAUUUCUUUACGACAGUGGUUCUUUGUCAAUGUAUGGGAUAUUCAUCAUUUCCGCAAGAGCUAGACGAUAACUUCGUAAACGAUCUGAACCGCCUACUGGUAGGUGCUGAUUUUCCUACCGAAACGGGAAUUCAGAAGCGUCUUUCCUUUGGUGUUGACGAUCUCAUUCCACCGACCACUCUUUGCGGCGACGCCUUGCAACAUCGAGAUCCAGCGGACUCUGUCCAAGUACUGGCGUCUCACGACUGGUUUUUCUACGAGGAAUCGUUUCUGCGACUGUCAGCGGCGCUCUCAGCAUCAGCCCUUGCACUCGUCGACAGUGUGCAUCGUAGCGCUCCGAACAAAGCCUAUCAACUUCUGUGCCAACCGCUUGACGGGUUCCAUGGCACUACGCUCUCGCAACUCGCGUUCCAGUUCAAUAUGCGCAGUCUGAUAGCACACGAAUCCUGUCAACGAUGGUUACAUCGUCUACUUCACGGUCAACUGCAAACCUGCUCGUCAACAAUUCUACCGAGGUGGAUGAAAAUGCUUAUCGCUGGUUGGCCUUUUAACUCAUUUCUCUUUCGAUUCUCUUUACGGCUUAUGACUGUCUUUGUGUUUCCUAUACGAUGGUGGAUGUGUGUGCGGAAUACCGGUGUCGCUUUUCAAGACACUACUGACAAAAAAUCCCCGACAGCUGCUCUUCUCGACAUCAGCAGACAACCAAAGAGAGUUCGAGCUGUGUCCACAUACAGUGUCGUUUCUGGUCGAAGCGACAUGUUGGGUGCAACUACUGGAAGCCACGCGAUUCCACAGCUGGCAAUCGCUGAAUCCGUUACACCACAGUCAAUGGUUUUCCCAUUGAAUAUUGACGAUGUCGACGGCGAAUUUACCAUGUUCACUAGAAAGCCGCGAAUUACUCGUCGAGCACUACCGUCGCUUUGUCUAUUCUACUCGACACCAAUUGUUAAAUACUGGCUCUCCUUGGUAUUUCGACUACUACACAUUUCUCUUCUUGCCUAUUCAGUGUUGCUUCCUGGUUGUGGAAACCUGACCGUGGACGCUCUGAUCUGGAUGUGGACGUUUAUGGCAUGGAUUGAAGCGAUCUGGGUACUGAAUAUGAGGAAUCAUACCAUCCCACUCUCACUUAUGCCAUGGCGGGUUCUCGACUGUGUACUUACUUUGCUGUUUCUUAUCGCGAUGCUACUCUUUAAAUUUGUUGGUGACAGUGUGAUUUCGAGUCUUCUUACGAUUUGCGGUGUUCAGCUGCUGGACACCGUCUACCCGGUCCGAGUGCUAUCGGCUUUUUUUCUGCUCUACUGGUGCUAUGCAACGAUUUUCUUCUAUAUUCCUCUAUCGGAAGUGCUCGGUCCAAUUGUGGUUAAAGUGAAAUUGAUGAUACUUAGGGAUUUCACCAACUUUCUCAUUCUAGUUGCUCUUGUUAUGUCGAGUAGUGCAGCGGCGAUCCACGCGAUCCUCUAUCCAGAUCGAGAUAUUUCGCUCUCCGUUGCCCGUUCUUCAUUGUCGUGGAUGGAGGACCUUUUGUUCCUAGACUUGAAGGAGUCCGAUACUUGUAAAAAGGCGUUCCUUGGAUCUCCAACGUCGUACUGUAGUUUCGUUGGGCAAUACGGCAACACUUCCUGUCCUUCUCAAUCAGCUGCUGGUUAUCUAGUCAUUCUCGAAUAUUUCGUAUUGCUAAAGCUGAUUCUCUGGCCAGUGCUGUUUGCAUUCUUCGCAAAAACCGCAAAAACAGUUGAUGAAGAAGCUGAUAAGAUAUGGAAAUUCCAAAUGUACUCACUUGUCACUGAUUUCAGGCAUGUCUUGCGUUUCUCUAGAACUUAUUUUUCUAAAAGUAUUUUAAACCUUCGUCCUCCACUUCCACCUCCACUCACGCCGUUGUUCUUUCUCUGCAUGGCUUGCAGGCGAGUUGACGGCAAACUUGGCCAGAUGAUGUCCACUCAUCCGGAACAUCCCGACGUUGACCAUCGAGAUCGUGCUCGUGCUGCUGUUCGCUUUGGUUCUGUUUAUCGCAACGCGUCGAUUCCCGCAAGGAGGAGCGAGUUUGUGAACACAUUUUGGCGUGAGUUGAUGAUAGAUCGAUGGAAAAAGGAGGUACAAUUAAAACAAGACGAUUCAGUGAAGGCCGAAAUCAAAACCAUGGAGGUACUCAUCGAUUGGAAGUUACCACUUUUCACACUUUUCCAUCCACAUCUUUCUCUUUUCACUGUUUCCAAAAUAAAUCAGGUAUUUCAGAAACAGUUACGUAUGGUGGCUGUCAAUAGUUCUUACUCGGCAAGUCAACGUAGAAACAAAUCCGAGAUGGAGCUCGUUCAGUACGCGGAUACAGAAAUGAAGCGCUUGGCCGUGCCACAGCCCAUGAGAUCGUGGGAGAUACUUCUACCUCGCUAUUCUCCUCCGUUUUAUUGCCGUCCUGUCGAAGAAUUCUCAAGCGACCUCACCAACCACGUCGAAGUGGCUACUGAGCAGAACAUGGAGGAGUUGCGACGAAUCUGGCGGGCACGACAAGCACUCGACUCUGGUCGUGACUGGGUGCUUUCCGCUGCCGGUUAUCCCCUCAAUCCGCAUGGUCGAAGAGGUAGCGCAAAGGACGAGCAACUCGCAUCACUGCUCAGAACUAUCGGAGUUUCGGAAUUGGAUGCACUGGGAUACUCGCGACAUCGUGAACGAUCCAUCGCCGAUUCGUCAGGGGUGGUGCCGACAAGUGAAGCAAGUCCUGUCCACAUCGCGACAGUGGCGACUGAGCAGGACAUUGACACGGACCAUGCGUGGACCGAACACGAUGUGUGGGCGAUUGCACUCAGGUCAGUGCUGAUCGUGUGA